AUGACUACGCGCAUCUCGCGCAUCCCCGCAUUCGGCGACUGGGCUCUCGACGACUACGAUGACAGCCAGGGCGACACCUCGGAUCGACGAUUAAAGUACACCCACGAGUUCGCACUCCUGCGCCAGAAGCCCCGCCGCCCUCCUUCCCCGCACUCCCUGCUUCUAGAUGCCGCCUCUUUCGACUCCGCCGCUUCUUCUCUCCCCGCAUUGUCCUCGACACCUUCCGCCGCGUCCGCCGCGUCCGCCGCGUCCGCCGCUUCCGACGUUUCCGCCUCUUCCUUUCAUACAGCAUCUCGGCAUUCUCGAGGCGCAACCAGCGGCGAAGCUUCCCCAGGCGAGGCGGCGGAGCGGGUCCGCCAGCGGCUGCGCAACUCGCGCAGCCUCCGCAUUUCCGUCUCGCGCCAGCUCAUGGACAGCAGCAACAGCGCGCCAUCCUCCCCCGUGCGCGCAUCCGGCGCAUUCGGCUCCCCCUUCGGCUCCCCUUCCGCAUUCCCCUGUGAAGGAGGUUCAUCAGCGACCCCUGGGCGGAGAGGGUCGCGCGCGCAGGACGCAGCAGCCGCAGAUAGAUGUUGGGAUGACUCGUCAGUGCUGGCGCUAUUAGAGCACAGCCGGCUGUGCCGCCAGGAGGUGGUUCAGCUGCUCGGGCUCUGCCAGCCUGGCCUCGCCCCGCUUGCGCCGUCGGCGCAACCUGCGCCAAUCGCGCCAGUUGCGCCAGUUGCUGCAGUUGCGGAGGUCUCCGCUGUGGCUCCGACCGCGCCAGGUGCGCCAGUGGUGUCAAGUGCAGGGAUCAUGAAGGAAAACAGCGGGGAUGAGCGUCAGGCGGAAGUCCCUCCAGGGGCGCACACAGCGGUCGGGACAGGUGAAGCGAGGUUCAAGGUUGAGACAGCUUGCGCUGAGAGCAGAGCAGAGCCGGUCAGCAGCUCAUCAUGUGCGAGUGCACGCCCUGCCGGCAUGACAGCGCCGCAUGCCUACCCUGACAGCACCACGGCACAUAGGAGUGAGACUGAUGCUGGGAAGAAUGACAAGUCGCUGACUGGAAAUGCAGGUGGAAGUGCGGUUGGAAGUGUGGGUGGAAGUGUGGAUGGAAGUGUGGGUGCAAGUAUAGUUCCUUGCUGCCCUGGCACGGGGGGGAUGGGUGGAAUGGGCAGAGCGGCAUUGCGCGUUGCAGCAGCCCCACGUGCUCCGUGCAGUGUUGCUUCCUCGCAGUCCCGGGGCAGGGCUGUCCCCCCCCCCAUGUCAUCCGCGUUGAAGUACAAUGCGGGUGCGGAGGAUAAGGGCUUCAGUGUGAUGUUUGCCGAGAUGCGGCAGAGACGGCAGCAGGAGAAAGCAGCUGCUGACGCCACUGGUACUGCUGCUGCUGCUGGGAUUGCAGGAGAUUCCUUGGAGAAUACCAUUUAUGGUGCAACUGUAGCAGCAGGUUCUUGUGAAGACACAAGCAAAGUCAGUAGCAGUUCCCCUAGGACCAAAGCUGCCUGUCGCUCCAGUAAAGGCCUACAGUGGAUUGGUGUUCGGGCGGACGAUAUGGAUUUUAUUCUCAAGGAGUUGGCAGAGGCAGCCAUGGGAGGAGGGGAGGAGGUGGCAGGGUUUGAUGAAUUUGCGGGAGAGGAGACUGAGGACGAUGGAGGGGGAUUAUCAGAGAGUGAUUAUGUCAGUGAGGAGACUAGUGAUUGUGAUUGCAGUGAAGCGGAGAGACAGGACAAUGAGUUGAUAGCAGUGCUGAGGAGGGUUCAGGGCAGGGAAUGGUGGGGUAGAACCUGUGCGGGCGGUGGGCCUGAAGAAGCUGGUCGAGAGUUAGGGCGUGGCGAGUUCGGCGUGACGUGUCUCGCGACUAGCAAGGCAAACGGGGAGCAGGUGGCCGUUAAGUCUAUCCCUAAGCGGAAAUUAAAGACGGCCGUGGAUAUCGAGGAUGUGCGGAGGGAGGUGGCGAUUAUGCACCACUUACCGUCGCACCCUAACAUCGUGGGACUUAAAGGGGUAUUUGAGGAUCGGCACGCGGUUCACAUCGUUCAGGAGCUGUGCGAAGGCGGGGAGCUGUUCGAGCGGAUUAUAGCGAGGGGGCAUUAUAGCGAGCGAGCGGCGGCGGUUAUCACACGGACUAUCGUGGAGGUGGUGCAGGUGCGUGUGAAGGGCGCUGCCAUUAAGCCCAACCCUGCUAGCAAGGAGGAAAACUUCGAAACGCCUUGCAUUGCUGCAACCCGCCCCGCCCCUCCCUUCCAGGUGUGCCACAAACACGGAGUGAUGCACCGGGACUUAAAGCCCGAGAACUUCCUGUUCGCCAACAACCAGGAGGACGCGGCGUUGCGAGCCAUCGACUUUGGGCUGUCCAUCAUGUUCAAGCCGGGCGAGACGCUGAGCGAGAUCGUGGGCAGCCCGUACUACAUGGCGCCCGAGACGGAGCAGGGAGUGGCGCAGGCGGUGCUGCGGUCGCAGGUGGACCUGAAGCGGGACCCAUGGCCCAAGGUGUCGGAUGGGGCAAAGCACCUCGUCAUGCUCAUGCUUCAACCCGACACCUCCAAGCGCCCCACUGCGCAACAAGUGCUGCGUGAGUGCUCCGUUCCUCCUGCCUCCGUGGCUGCUCCCCUCCGCUGCGUGCCUCCGUGA